CCGCUACGCAAGUAAACUGCUGGCGUCGUCAUUCCCGCGCCGCUGCAACUUGCAUCUUGAUCCCGCCACGGCACCAUCCUCCAUCCAAGAUCGUUGCGCAUGACGGCCUGUUAAUGAUUUCCACCUGAUUGAUUCUCUCAGGCAAUCGCGACGACAUCGGAAGAUCACGAAUUGCGCCAUGUCGACCCCCGCACCGCCCGAGGACCAGGCUCGGCUCCUCGAGGAUGCCCUCAUUGCCGUGCGCCAACAGACAACGCUGAUGCGCAGAUGCUUGGACACGCCCGGGAAGCUGAUGGACGCUCUCAAAUGCUGCUCUACCCUUGUUUCCGAGCUUCGAACCAGCAGUCUGGGGCCCAAGCAGUACUAUGAGCUGUACAUGGCCGUCUUCGACGCACUCCGCUACCUCUCGGUCCACCUGCGCGAGAACCAUCCCGUCAAUCACCUCGCCGACCUGUACGAGCUUGUGCAGUACGCCGGCAACAUCAUCCCCCGUCUCUACCUCAUGAUUACCGUCGGCACCGCCUACAUGUCCAUCGAGGGCGCGCCGGUUAAGGAACUGAUGAAGGACAUGAUGGACAUGAGCCGCGGCGUCCAGCACCCGGUCCGAGGCCUGUUCCUGCGCUACUAUCUCUCGGGCCAGGCUAGGGACUACCUGCCGACCGGCGACUCAGACGGCCCGGAAGGAAACCUCCAGGACUCCAUCAACUUUAUACUCACAAACUUUGUCGAGAUGAACAAGCUCUGGGUCCGCCUGCAGCACCAAGGGCACUCGAGGGAACGCGAACAGCGGACCCAGGAGAGGAGAGAGCUGCAGUUGCUCGUGGGAAGCAACAUCGUGCGCCUCAGUCAGCUGGUCGACCUGCAGACAUACAAAGAUGGGAUCCUCGGGCCAUUACUGGAGCAGGUCGUUCAGUGUCGAGACGUCCUGGCACAGGAGUACCUGCUCGAAGUCAUCACCCAGGUCUUCCCGGACGAGUACCACCUCCACACUCUGGAUCAGUUUCUCGGCGCCGUUUCGCGCCUCAACCCGCACGUCAACGUCAAGGCUAUCGUUAUCGGCCUCAUGGAUCGCCUCUCCGACUACGCCGAGCGUGAAUCGCAGAACGAAUCAGAGGAAGACAGGGAAAAGAUGGAACAGGAAGCUUUGGCAAAUCUGCUCGAGAAGUUCAGGCUGAGCUCCUCGACUGCGGCCCAAAGUUCAAGCGCUCCUCCGGCCGAAGACUCUGGGGCUGGAGCACCGAAGAACGGAGUCAAUGCCGAGAAUGAGUCCGUGUCCCCGACGGAGACGCUGAACGCGGAUGAGCAGACAUCGUCAGUGGCAGAGACCGAUGCGACCGCGGUGAACGGAGAGGAGAAACUGCCGGCCGCGAGGCGCAGGGGGAUCCCGGAGAACGUACCAUUGUACGAGAUCUUCUUUGGGCAGGUCAAGAACCUUGUCCAGGCCCAGCACCUGCCGAUACAGGACACCAUCGCGCUCUGCGUCUCCCUCGCAAACUUGGCGCUCAACAUCUAUCCCGAGCGGUUGGAAUACGUUGAUCAGAUCCUCGAGUAUGCCCACAGCAAGGUCAGGGAGCACGCCAAGAGCGCCGAUCUACACUCGCAACCAGCACAGCAAAGCCUUUUGGCACUCCUCCAGAGUCCCCUCCGGCGCUACGUGUCGAUAUUCACGGCACUAUCGCUUCCGACUUACGUCCCCCUAUUCCACGCCCAGACCUACCCCACACGAAGAGCAGUCGCAGGGGAAGUUGCGAGGACACUGCUCAAAAACCAGACCCUCAUUUCCACACCAGCACACCUCGAGAACGUUCUCGAGGUCCUCAAGGUUCUCAUCAAGGAAGGUUCGCAGCCACCAGCCGGGUACCCCGGUGUUGUGCAAACCCGGGCGCGCCCCAUCGAGACCGACGAGACCAUGGAGGAGCAGGGCUGGCUGGCUCGCCUUGUCCACUUGGUCCACUCAGAUAACAACGAUACCCAGUUCCGCCUCCUGCAGAUGCUGAGGAAGGCGUACAAUGAGGGCAACGAGAGGAUUCGGACCACGACACCGCCCGUCGUGACCGCUGGCCUUAAGCUCGCCCGCCGCUUCAAGGCCCGCGAACACUACGACGACAACUGGUCCUCCCAGUCCUCGGCGCUCUUCAAGUUCCUGCACUCGGCCGUGUCAACGCUGUACACCCGGGUGAAUGGGUCGGGUGCCGCCGAGCUGUCCCUCCGUCUGUUCUGCUCCUGCGGGCAGGUCGCCGACAUGACGGGGUUCGAAGAGGUUGCCUACGAGUUCUUCGCGCAGGCAUUCACCGUCUACGAGGAGGCCAUCAGCGACUCGAGGGCGCAGUUCCAGGCCGUCUGCGUCAUCGCCAGUGCGCUGCACCGGACCAGGAAUUUCGGCAAGGAGAACUACGACACUCUGAUCACCAAGUGCGCCCAGCACGCGAGCAAGCUGCUUCGCAAGCCGGACCAGUGCCGCGCGGUCUACCUCGCGAGCCACUUGUGGUGGGCAACCCCGAUCGCGGCGAACGGCGAGACAGAGGAGACGGAGCUCUACCGCGACGGCAAGCGCGUCCUCGAAUGCCUUCAGCGCGCCCUCCGCGUGGCAGACUCGUGCAUGGAAACGGCCACCUCCAUCGAGCUGUUUGUCGAGAUCCUGGACAGAUAUGUUUAUUACUUUGAUCAGAAGAACGAAUCCGUCACAACCAAAUAUCUCAACGGCCUCAUCGAGCUCAUUCACUCAAACCUGGCCGGCAACCAGCAGGACUCGAUAUCCAUUGAGGCAAGCAGGAAGCAUUUCAUGCAGACGCUCGACAUGAUCAGGAGUAAGGAGUAUGAGGGCGUCGUACUUACGCCAAAGUAGAGGAUUUGGAACGAGGGAGAAAAGGAGUACUGGGUAUGCCUAGAAGUCGAAGUGGGUGGACCUAGGC